GGUGAACUAUCCCUUUAAUUGCCAUGAAAAUAAUAACAAUGCUUAAAAUUGUUUCAUCAGUGGAACACGACAGGGUAGGCAGAAUGACAGUCACCAUUCACUUUCAUUGCAUCUUUUCCCCCACACCAUUAAAGUGAAAGGCAGCUGUCAUCUGGAUUUUGUCACGCAAAAUAUAAUUUCUUUUAUUCUUUCGAUAAUGGGGUGAUAUAUGACUCAUGAAAUAUGAUUUCUUAGCGAAAUUCACAAGAAAAAUGAGAAAUAUUUAACACAUUCACGUCUUUGUGACAUGCUGUUUUCUGUCACAAAACAUGUACAUGUCUGUAAUAAUAGAUUUGACCUUACCAUAAAACUAUAGCCGAAAAUCUCACAUUUCUGUUCAUUGUUAAACACACAUUCCCUCAUAUUUUCAAAAUCAACGAACCAGAAAACCUGUUCUUCCUUCAGCAACCGAACCAAAGAGGGCUCGUUCUUCCUCAUUAGGUGACGAUACGCGCGCUGAUUGGAGCUCCACAUGUGUUAUGUUAAUGAGAAGGCGUGGCUGUGUGAAAUGAGUAGGUGACGUCAACUCCCAUUCCGCAGAGAGCGAAACAAACAUGGCGACAGAAUGGAGUGGGAAAGGGUGCACGCUGACUUUAUUGCUGUUCAUUUAUAGCGGAGUCUGUGUGAAUGGAGCGGAAUUCACGAGGAGCGACAGCCGUAUCCUCGGCAUGCGCCUGGAGAGGAGCGACAAGCCCGCCACGACCACCGAUGAUGGGAUCCUACAGGUAACCGAGGAUAGCAACAUCCUGCUCAGGUUCUACGGACUGCAGAUCAGCAAUGACACCUGGUCACAGAUUAAGUUCAUAGAGCAGGGCGAGGACAGCGGCGCUGACUUCAACAGGACUUGUGUUGAUUUCACAAAAGACAUCUCAAUCGGAGUUAGUAUGAAUGUCAACAGCCAGGGCACAUCAGGGGUGCUGGGGGUCAAAAUUAAACCACUUAGGAAAAGCGAGUCCCAGAGGGAUUAUGGUCUGUGCAUCAGACACAGCAAAGAUGGAAAGUGGAACCUCCUAGGAGAGAAUGAUGGAAAGUUACGGGUGCUGGAAGAGAAGAAGUCACUACUUCCCAUUUGGCUUCAGGUGAUCUUGAUCGUCUGUCUUCUGGUGCUGUCAGGUAUGUUCAGUGGGCUGAACCUUGGUCUCAUGGCUUUGGACCCCAUGGAACUGCGAAUAGUGCAGAGUUGUGGCACGGAUAAAGAAAAGAAGUAUGCACGUAAGAUCGAACCCAUUCGGAGAAAAGGGAACUACCUGUUGUGCUCGCUUCUCCUUGGAAACGUAUUGGUCAACACCACGCUGACAAUCUUACUCGAUGACCUCAUUGGCUCUGGUUUGGGUGCUGUGGUGGCAUCAACCAUUGGCAUCGUCAUCUUUGGUGAGAUUGUUCCUCAGGCGCUCUGCUCUCGCCAUGGCUUGGCGGUGGGUGCCAACACCAUCCUUGUCACCAAGUUCUUCAUGCUUGUGACCUUCCCAUUGUCCUACCCCAUCAGUAAACUUCUAGAUUGCGUGCUGGGCCAGGAGAUAGGCACUGUAUACAACCGAGAGAAGCUGGUGGGGAUGCUGAAGGUGACCGCGCCGUACAAUGACCUGGUGAAAGAAGAGAUGAACAUGAUCCAGGGAGCUCUGGAGUUGAGGACUAAGACGGUGGAGGACAUUAUGACUCCACUCAGUAACUGCUUCAUGAUCAACAGCGACGCUGUCCUGGACUUCAACACCAUGUCUGAGAUCAUGGAGAGUGGCUACACCCGCAUCCCUGUUUAUGAGGAUGAACAGACCAAUAUCGUGGACAUUCUCUAUGUGAAAGACCUGGCGUUUGUGGACCCAGACGACUGCACUACAUUGAAGACCAUCACAAAGUUCUACAACCAUCCAGUCCACUUUGUUUUUCACGACACCAAGUUAGAUUCCAUGUUGGAGGAGUUUAAAAAAGGUAAAUCCCAUUUGGCAAUUGUUCAGAAAGUUAAUAACGAGGGGGAGGGAGAUCCGUUCUAUGAGGUGCUGGGAUUGGUCACCCUGGAAGAUGUCAUUGAAGAGAUCAUCAAAUCAGAAAUCCUGGAUGAGUCUGAUCUUUACACUGAUAAUCGCAACAGAAAGAAAGUGGCACACAAUAAGAACAAGCGUGACUUCUCUGCCUUCAAACAAGAGAGUGAAUCUAAAGUCAAGAUCUCUCCUCAGCUGCUGUUGGCCGCUCACCGCUUCCUUGCAACAGAGGUUAAUUUGUUCAGUCCAUCUCAAAUAUCGGAGAAAGUUCUUCUUCGAAUCCUUAAGCACCCUGAUGUGAUCCAAGAGAUCAAAUUCAACGAGAACGACAAGCGAUCAGAGCACCACUACCUUUACCAGCGUGGCAAACCGGUGGACUACUUCAUACUAGUACUGCAGGGCCGUGUGGAAGUGGAGGCUGGGAGUGAAAAUAUGAAGUUUGAAACCGGACCCUUCUCUUUCUAUGGAGCCAUGGCUCUUAGUGCACCAACACUUGAGUUCCGUUCACCCUCUCAUAUCAGCGGACUGAACCGAUCUGCAUCUCUGAGCUACACAGAUCGCCCUGAACCUCAGUCCGUAAGUGGCAGCAAUACACAGCUCAACAGCACCCCCUCGCUGCAGUACACGCCAGACUUCAAUGUCCGAGCUCUCGCGGACCUACAGAUUGUUAAGAUCACACGUUCUCAGUAUCAAAAAGGUCUUGUGGCAUCUCGGUUGGACAGCUCGCCGCAAUCUCCAGACAGCGGACACACAUGUAUGGGAAACAGCACGUCAUCUGCCCCCCUUCUCUCAUUAGAAAACAUGUUCAAUCUUACAGAAGCUCCCGAUGAGAUGACCUCACUCCUCAAUGAGCAAAACUGCAUGCCUGCACGCCAGGCCAACCACAACACACAUAACGAAAGUGCCAUCUGAUACACUUUCACAAUCAUCAACACACACUUACAUCGAUAAGCACAUGGUUUUCUCACUGGCAUGCACAAUCAACCACUUGACAAAUGGACGUAUUGAGAUCCCAUACACUUACAGGAUGUUAAGCACUUUUUCAGACAUUGAUUAAAAUAUUCUUGUAUAAUCAGACCCCUUUUUAACGCUAGAAAAAAUAGCUGCCAGUAACUUGAUUCUGAGACAGCCGUAAAUUACAGGGGGCUAUAAGGAGCAAUAGUUUGACAAGACAGCUGCUGAAGACAUUGUAUAAGAAACUGUGCAAGACGAAAGCACAGAGAAGCCAAAGUGUACCUGAGCGGAUAAGGGCACCUGUUUCAAACAGAGACUGUUUUUGGGGCAUUUUAUAGACUGUGCGAAUAGAGACAUUUUUAUAUUUGAAAAUGUUUAUUUCGUCAUCUUUCUACCGAGAUUGCUCAUAGAAAUUUGCUGAAAGUCGUUGUGAAAGAGGGAAACUGUGGAUGCCUUUUUUAAUUUAAUUUUGAUGUCCAUACACUGCAAAUCAGUUUCUUAAUCAGAAUGUUUGUUAUUUUUUCUCAGAAAAAGACUAUCGAAACAGCCUUAGAACAAGAUACGUUUACUUGAGAAGCAGUAAGUGCGGUAAGAAAAAUAAACUUAAUUCAGGACAUAGUAUAUUCUAUGAAAACAAGUCGAGUUGUCUUAAACUGUUCUGCUACUUAAGUAAUUUUGUUCUUGUUUUAAAGGGAUAGGUCACCCAAAACAUCUGUCACCAUUUACUCAUCCUCAUGUUGUUCCAAACCCGUUUGACUGACUUUCUUCUGUGGAACACAAAAUUAUAUUCAAGGCAGAAUGAUCGGGACUGACAGCCUCAGUCACUAUUCAUUAUUCAUUGUAUGGAAAAAAGAUGUAAGUGAAUGGGGACUGAUGUUGUCAGUCCUGAACAUUCUGUCUAACAUCUCCUUUUGUAAAGAGAAAGAAAGAAAGAAAGAGUCAUUAGGAUGAAUAAAUGGGGAAUGAAUUUUUAGUGGAAAUCAAGACAAAAAUACUAAUUAAGAAAAAGAUUUAUUGCAGUGUAGCUACUUUACCUUUGUACCAAAUUAUAUCAUAAAAUGAUGUUGCGUGUGUGUCUUGGAGUGAAAGAUCUGAAAGGGAGUUUGUGACAGGGAUAUUUACGCAAGUGAGUGUGUGUUUGUAUAUUUGACAACGCAUGAGUCUGAUUUGACCAUUGCAGCCCAAGCAAGCAACAACUCAGGGAGACACUGAGCUUCACAUACAAACUGUGUGUUAGUCCUUUGACAUUUCGCUGUUCAUUUAUGUGAACCCAUGCGACAAGUGAUCAAAAUAUAUGUGAAGCAUGCUGUUGUUAAAUGCACCAAAUACUGAAAUAUUAAAAUACACUGCAUUUCAUAUGACACAUACAGGAGCACGUGACAUCCACAUGUCAUUUUUACGUCAGAUAAUUCUGCUGGGUGAAAUUGGUCAUGAUUCAGUGUCUGUGUAUGUGUAAAACUGCAUCAAGUCCUAUGUAAGUUAAAGGGAUAGUUCACCCAAAAAUGAAAAUGUUCUCAUCAUUUACACUUCACCAUUACCCUCAUGCCAUCGCAGAAGUGUUUGACUUUUUUUCUUCUGCAGAACACAAACAAAGAUUUUUAGAAGAAU